UUCAAAAAUCAGAAUGUCAAUUAAUCGACUUUCAAAAGAGUGAAAUAAUUUGAACAUCUACAAUGGCUUCCAAUUUUGAAAGUUCAAUUUAUAGGGAAUCAGAUAUAUUCUUUGACUUUUCGUGUUACACUUGUAAGGGAAAUGAUAGAAACACAGAGGCUGAAUUUUACUGUAAGGACUGUUCCAUGGUUUACUGUGGCAAAUGUUUGGAGCACCAUAACUUUCUUUAUCAGAAGCAUGCAACUUUGGACAAGAAAAACAUAAGUAAGUGGCCAGUUUCCGAUGCAACAUUUGAUGUUCGAGAGCAAUGUCAGGUGCACAAGGACAGGAAAUUGGAAACAUUCUGUGAGGACCACAGUGAGCUGAUGUGCGCAGUCUGUCAUGUCUACAAUCAUAAAAAAUGCAGCCAUUUUGUUCUCAUAGCUGAUAAAGUGGAAGACCUGCACCAAAAAGGGGAGUUCAAGCAGUUGUCAGCGACUCUGGAUACUUUACAUGGACAGUUGAUUCUGAAGAAAGAUGACUUUGAGGAAAAUCUGAAGUCCCUGGAACAAGCAUACAAUACCAUUCUGGAAGAAAUCAUUGCUUUACGCAAGGCAAUCAAUGAUUCUUUGGAUCAAUCGGAGAAGAAUACUAUCAAAGAGUUAGACACACUACUGGCUAAAUUGAGGACAUCUAUUCAAACUGAUAAUGCAAACUGCAAUGCGUCUAUCAAAAAGAUGACAUCUUGUAAAGAAGAUUGGCUAAAUAUUAGAGGCAAAAGUGAAGCAAUCCAAAUGAUUAUGUACAGAAAAUGCUUUGACAUGUCUGUCAAGACCAAAUCAGUAUUACAAGAAAUGACAGACGAGAAUGAUAUAACACUCAGCUUUACACCUGAUCCAAUAAUCCAUCAAACCAUGGCCACUCUUUCAGGAUUGGGACAAAUACUCAUCAAAGAUAGCAGAGUAACAAAAGAGACAAAACCUGAAGCAUGUUGCUCAUUAUACAGCAAAAGUGAUCCUGAAAUUAAAGCCAUUGAAACCAACAACCAAGACCUGGAUACCAGUCCAGUAUCAGGAACACCCAGACAAGCUGAAAUUACAAACCAAACAAGUGCUCUUAACAAGCUAGAUACAAUUUCCAAUCAAGCAUCAGUACCACCUAAACAAGGUGACAUUACAAACCAAUCAACUGCUGUUAACAAGUCAGACUAUGUGUCCAAUCCAAUUUCCAAUUCAUCUUCACAGUCUAACAAUACAAGUGCUUUGAACAAGCCAGGCUGGAUACCUAAUACAGUAACAUCAAGUUCUUCAACACAGUUGGUCCAAGGAUAUCAAUCAAGUGCACUUGACCGGUCUGAUCCAAACCAAGUCAUCAGAGUGAAGACAAGUAAGAAGUAUGAUGUGAGGAUAGAGAAGGAUGCAUACAGCUGCUCUAUAUCAGGUAUCUGUGAGAUAGCUAAUGGAGAAUUCCUCCUGAUAGACUGGAAAAACUUAAAAGUAAAGCAGCUUGAUCAGACAUACAAGGUGGUGGCCCACUGUGACUUGCCUAGUCACCCAGUGUCCAUUUGCAGCAUCGACUCCAGUCUGGUGGCUGUUGCUUUGGGUAUCGGAGAGAUCAUUUUCAUCAGAGUGACCAAUCUUAAGCUGGUAAAGGACAGGACUAUGAAAUUCCAACAUUUAUGCCAUGGUAUUGCCCAUCACCAUGGCAAGCUGUUUAUUACAACAGACACAGCCCUGUACCAGUACUCUGUGGAUGGAAGACUUGUGAGCAAGCUGUAUGAAGACAAAUCAUACAGGAUUUGGAGUGAACAUAGAGUUGGCUCCUGCGCAGUGAGUCCAGAUGGAGAGAGGAUAUAUGUGACUAACCAGGCCUGCAGUGGGCUGGUCACACUGGCCAGGGAUGGCACAGUUAUCUCCACACUCUCUGACCAUGCACUGACGUGGAUGGAUUGCGGAGAAGUUCCACAAAGCAUCCAUGUGACAGACUCAGGAAAAGUUCUGGUAUGUGGGGACAACACAAUCUUCCAGGUGGACAAAGAUGGGAGACAGAUACUGGCAGAGGUGGUUACAGAAAAGGAUGUUGUGAUAUUACCAAUAUGUAUCUACUACAGUGAACAUACAGGAAUUCUAGUUGUGGGAAUGUGGGGUAGUAAUAAUGACAUUUUGGUGUUUAGCACACGCUGACUCUUUGAACAGUUAAUAUCUAAUGAUUUAAAUAUACAUGGAAUACAUUUAAAACGGGACAUAUUCAAGGACUGAAAAUAUGAAAAUAUUUCCCAUGAAAAAGCAGCCUUUCCAUGAUCAUAUCAAAGUGAGUUAAAAUAUGCUCAUAUACUUAUAAGUUAAACAGAAACUUUAUUUGAUAGGAUUGCAAUAAUAUCUACAUUUAUCUACUAUUAAUUUCUUUGAGAGAAUGAGUUUGUGUGAUACUUGUUAUAAAUGCUAUUGUAUAUUUACUUUGUUUUGUUCCGUUUUGCAUGAUUGCCUAAGUAAUGUACUGUUAUGAAUAUUCAAUAAAUGGGUCAAUGAGUUAUGUAUUGUAUUAACUUUUUUAUGAGCAUGAUCAAAUAUAUAAAUUGUUUUCCAAAAAGAAACUGGCCAUAGGCUCUUAGGUGCUCACCUGAGACCAGAGGGAACUAAACUAUUAUGACAAGGCAGAGUUCAGAAUAAUACAAGAAACAUAAAUAUUUAAUUUCUAGACACAUUUUUUGUUCAAACGCGGCUGAGAUAUCAGUAGAUAUUAAGGAUGCUAGAGGUUAACCAGAAUUCUACUGAAACGAUCAGUUGACUGGUAACAUAGUUCGGGAAAGGUUAACCUGAUUUGUUUAUCAUGCUUUUUUCAUAAAAAUUAAUAGUAAGAUUGUACUUUUUGCGCUUACAUACUGCUGGUGUUUGGUUUGAACAACAUGCAACGCUAACUACUGUAAUAUAUAACAUGUCAAUGAACACAGGAAUCAAGCAAUAGAUCAGUAUCUUUGUGGUGACAAACAGGUUGCAUGUUUUGAUAAUUGGCACUAUAUAUUGUUUUGUUUUACUCGCGAAAAUUUAACUUGCAAACUGUGGGGGGAGUUUGGGCUAUUAGUGUAGACGUUAUUGACACAUUUUAUAUCAAACUUGCAACAAAAAUAUGUUGAGACUUUGGAAAGCUUAUUUUUAUACCUUAUAUCCAAAACUGAUUGCUCACAAAAAUAAAGUGUUAAUACAUGUAAGUAACAAUGUUAUCAAUAUAAGCAUUCGUUGACCUGUUAACGUCAUAUUUGUUUCAUUAGAAAUUUGUAUUUGUAG